CUCAUCUGAGACUGCGGACGAUGACGACUGAAGUCGUUACCCUAGCCUCCACGGUACAAUGUCUGUGAGGAGGAAUGUCAAAGCCAGGAGGUGCGAUGAUGUGAGGGUCUCGAAUGAGGCGUUUCUCCUCAACGUCCGUGUUGUUCAACCGCCUUCUUCUGCCCGCCGGUCCCCAUGAGCACGGCUGCCGCGUCCCGGUCUGCAGGCCGCGAUGAUGUCGGACGCGGGCACGGGGCCGGCCGGGCCGGGCCUCGGCAGCCCGAGCCCGGGCAACCCGGUGUUCACGGUGCGCGCCGGGGCCACGCUGCCCGCCUCCUCGCUCUACCGCACCACGGCGCACGACUACGGCGCCCUGAGCCCCGGGCCCGAGGCGGCGCCCUGCGUGCACCGCCCCGCGUCGCAGCGCUUCUCGCGGCACCUCGGGGAGUGUGGGAUGCCCCGCGACCGGGCCCUCAACACCACCCUGGACCGCAGCCGCGUCAUCGACCACCCCAACCUCCAGCACACGCUCUGAGGCCUCCUGGGGCCAGGGGUUGGGCGAUGUGGGACCGGGUCAUCUUGACAUCUGGGUCACCUUGAGACUGAGUUACUUUGAGUCUUGGCCAUCUUGAGACUGGGUCAUCUUGAGACUGGGUCACCUUGAGACUGGGUCACCUUGAGACUGAGUUACUUUGAGUCUUGGCCAUCUUGAGACUGGGUCAUCUUGAGACUGGGUCACCUUGAGACUGGGUCACCUUGAGACUGAGUUACUUUGAGUCUUGGCCAUCUUGAGACUGGGUCAUAUACUGAGUCACCUUGAGACUGGGUCAUCUUGAGACUGAGUUACUUUGAGUCUUGGCCAUCUUGAGACUGGGUCAUAUACUGAGUCACCUUGAGACUGGGGCAUUAUGAGGUAAGAUGACUAUGCGAGCCCUGGAUGGUGUCCUCGGAGCUUGCAAGCGUCCUCCCCCAGAUCCUCAUUCUGAGGGUCCAGUUUGAAGCCAACUCAAGAGUCCACGGAUGGGAUCACACACGCACCUGUAAUGACGGGCAGUCGUCCAUACAGACCGGCUGUAACGUGAUUUGUCGACAAUACGUGGUUGUAAACAAUUUGCUGAAUUGUCGUGAUUCAGGCUCAUGAUUCGAUUCAAGAGUCGAUUCAUUGUAAUACACAAACACAUACUAGUUACGCAUGUACAUGCAAAGACAAUGACCCCCCGUGUCGCCUUAACAGUGUUGGGGCAAGUGCUGCUAGCGAACACUUAUGAAGGCUGGCACGGCACGCAACGAGGUGGAUGGCCAACCCUACCACCUUUGUAUCCCCAAAGUUGAUGAUUAUACACCCCACCAAGGUACUUAUUUCAGGCUGAGUCGACCUAGUGGAGGCUCAUAACCGGUUAAAAUAUUCGCCACUGUUAUUGGUUAGCUAACUACUACAUCACUACACGGACACACAUACGCAGACAUUUUAGAGGUCCUGGGCUUAAUUCCCAGUUUGAGUGAUGCGUGAUUAAGCUAUUUUGUUGUGUGUAGUGAGGUUUAAGUACCGGCCCGGUUGCCCCUUAUCUGUAAAAAAAGAAAGAACAUGAACUAAAUGUGUUUUUUAUUUAAUUCACCUGAGCCAGGCCUGAGGGAUAACAUGUAUAAAUACAUGUAGUUGUGUUUUUUGCGCAAUUAUACUGUUUCAUAGGAUAUUAAUAAAGGCCAUUGCUCGAAACGUC